AAUUUGUGUAAUUGAUAGAAUAAUCAGACAAUAACUUAUGACAUUCAUGUGUACCUUAUGCUGACAUAACAGAACCAGUUUUUAAGAGUAGAAAUAGAUUGCAUUUUUAACAGAAUGGACAAUUUACUCUUUGAUCAAUGUAAAGGAAAGGAUUUUAUGGCAAGAUAGAUUAAUCAGACUUAGGUUUGUCUUUAGGACCAAAAAUUCAAGCUAGGGGCAUCCAAUAUAUUCUGUUUUAUAGAGUAAAUGUUUACUUAAUCCAGCUACUAGUAUAUAUAAAUCUUGGUCUAGGUGUGGCGUAGGUAAAUUCACUUGCAGUUUGUGUUUUUAGUCCAACAAAAGCAUGUCAUCCUUUACAAAAGCUAGUUCUAGUACAAGUUGUAGUGAAGAAGAUACAGAACAACUCAGAAAAGGGCCAUGGACACUCGAGGAGGACUCUCUCCUAACUCGUUACGUUGCUCGCCAUGGUGAAGGUCACUGGAAUUUGCUUGCAAAACUUGCAGGGUUAAGGAGAACUGGGAAGAGUUGCAGGUUGAGGUGGUUGAAUUAUCUGAAACCAGAUGUGAAGCGUGGGAACCUUACACCAGAAGAACAGUUUUUGAUCCUUGAACUCCAUUGCAAAUGGGGCAACAGGUGGUCCAAGAUUGCACAAGAGCUACCAGGGAGAACCGACAAUGAGAUCAAGAAUUACUGGAGAACCCGUGUGCAAAAACAGGCACGUCAUCUUAAGAUCGAUGCUAAUAGUGCAGCAUUUCGAAAUGUUAUUAGAUGUUUUUGGAUGCCAAGAUUGCUUCAAAUGAUGAAAGGGUCGUCAACACUUCCUCAACAAGUAGCAGGGCUGGGGCAGCAAAAUUCGGACUCGGAGCAGUGUGCGAGUUCAUGUGUUUCUUCUUCAGAAUCCAUGAAUAAUAAUAUGUCGAAAAUAUCUGAAUUUGCAGAGUACCAAACAAGUUCAUUCGGCAUCACUGAUAACAAUGAGUACAACACGGUUGCAAAGGAUUGCUAUUAUGUUGAUAACAGUAGUUGCUACGGCAUGGAAACCAUCAACCUGCCAUCCACAUCAGCAGUUGGAGAUUUUAUGACUGCCGACUGCCACAUGGUGGACAACAAUUGGGUUAAUGAUGGUUUUGCAGAUGGGAUAUGGAGCAUGGGAGAACUAUGGGAACUUCCAUUGAAGGGGAACCUCUAAUGUUAUUUCUUCAUAGUUGAUUUUCUGGGUUUAUUUGUGUUCAGAUUUUUUGUUGUCAUUCGAGUUUUUGUCCAAAUGUUAUUACUGCAACUGAGGAAUUCAAUGUUUGUUAAGUUGUGAAGAUAAACUAAUUCAUUUUUAUCUCUAAA